AUGGCUUCAAAACGAGUUUUACGCGCAUGCAAGGUACAAGGCCUCUCGUUCCACGCCGAUGCUUUGCGACACCUCACCCAGGAGCUCACCAAUGAGCCAUCCUUGCAGCUAGAGGAUGUCCUGUUCGCUGUCAAGAACAACAUUGACCACAGCAAAAUGACGACGUCGGUGGUGACGCUGGAAGCUCUAGAGAGCGCCUUGGACACACUCUUAGCAGUGUCGGCAGCAAACGAAUUUGAGCAGAUCCAAGUGUUUGGCGCCUUUUACACGCCGAGACUGCACUUUAACACGCACACCAACUCGUACGAGUUAAAAGCAGACGCUCAUCGUCGACUCCACGCUGGACCCGAGUCAAGGAUUCAGCUGCUGCGGAACCGGUUCUUCUCGGCCGAUCUCCGUGUCAAGCGGAAUCGAUUGUUUGCACCACCUUCGACUGCAGCAGCCAACUCUGCAGAGUUUUACAUGGAGCUGUCGCGAAUCGAGUCUUUACUGGGUGUGGCUGGAGUGCGACGCGUCAUUGGCAUGCUGGGGCAGGACGAGCGCAAGCGAUUUUACUUGGAGGACUUUACGUCGCGGAUUGUCAUUGACCUCGCCAAUGCAGUUUACACCGACGGCAUUUUUACUGUAAACUGCGUUGUGCUUGUAGAAGGUCAAGUGAUGGAUGACGUGCUUCAUGUCCAGUCCAUGGGUUUCCCACCUCCAGAGACGAAAGAAGCCUCGAUGGACGUACUGGGUGGUAUCGAUCCGCUAGGUGUCGAGGUGUCGAUGCAACAACGAGAACAGAUGAAAACAUUGGAGGCUAGUGACCAUCACGCUACGUUUAUUGUGCUAUCUGACGUCCACCUUGACGACCCAAACGUCACAACGAAGUUGGACGAGCUCUUCCAAGGCCUCGAAAGCGUGCAGCCCACACUUUUUAUCCUCAUGGGUGAUUUUAUGUCAGCAUCGAUUGGUGGAAGUGCGGAUUCCAACUCGCUACAAGACCUGCGGGAGUACUUGGACGAGCUCGGGAACCUCAUUACCAAGUAUCCUGGUAUUGCGAACAACGCCCGUUUUGUUUUAGUGCCUGGUCCGAAUGAUCCGGGUUCAUCUCGAGCCUUUCCACGCCACCCGCUUCCUGAUCUUUGCACGCGCGAACUCAGACGUAAGGUGCCCAAUCUCACGUGCAGCACCAAUCCGUGCCGAAUCCGCUACUACACUCAAGACCUUGUCAUUUUCCGUGACAAUCUACAGCAAAAGAUGCAGCGACACGCGAUUCUUCCGCCCCUGCCGAGCGAACGUGACGAAGAGGCAGUCAUUGACACCGACAAUGAGGAAGUUAUUGCCUCGUCCGUCGUCUCACAGAUGGACAUUUCAAAGCAUCUGGCAAAGACGCUUAUUGACCAAGCACAUUUGUGUCCCUUGCCAUUGAUGGCAAACCCAAUCAAUUGGGACUUUGACGCCUCGCUGCAGCUCUUUCCAGCUCCGGACGUCUUGAUCAUUGGGGACUCAACCGAGCAAUACCAACUCGGAUACUCGUCCGUUGGUGUGUUCCACCCGGGUCCGUUCCACGCCGACUUUUCAUUUGUGCUGUACCGGCCGAGCACCAACACAACCGAAUUUAGUCGCGUCGAAUAA